GUGCACAAUUAACGAUGUCGGUGGAUUCAUCGCAACUAAUGACAAAGAAUACUGACAAUUUUACUUUGUUAAUUAUUUGUGACUUAAUGUCUGCUGCCAUGUCAUCGAUUCUAUGGUUGACUGUGUUAUUCGAAAGAGAAAUAUCUUCAUUUUUUGCUCUGCAUCUUCUCCUAAAAAUAUCUGCUAUGAGGUUUCUUUUGCUUUGCUUUGCUACACCUGUGUGAUAACUUCCCGAUUUAUACAGUCUCAUCCGCCUGAGUGAUUCUGCUUUCUAAGAAAAAAAC